UUCGUUACUAUCGCAACCGUUCCUGGCCAAACGCAAAUAUCAAUGUUUUGUUGCAAUUCGCACCUUAAUUUCCCUCAAAUAUUAUCAAAGCCUUUGUAUAUACUGAUCAAAAGUGGAAACAUUUGCGGGUAGAAUGCAGGCCGAAUUUCAAGCUGCCCUCGAGAAGGAGCAGUCAAACACUUUACCGGUCACGACGUUCCAAGCCGACGACUUGAUGGAGAAGUUGAAGUUGCUGAACUACGAGAAACAACUGUUGCGUGAGAUGAAGAUGAAACCUUUGAGUAGGUUCUACUUUGUGAAGUCCACGAACCCAGGGGAGCAAUUUUUCAUGUUCACGUCCAUCUGCGCUUGGCUGAUCCGGAAGUUAGGGAAACAUUUUGACCAGCCUCAGGAAUUUGAUAAUCCAAAUCAGACCAUUGCAAACAUCGUGGGAGUGUUAAACGAAAUCGAUAUCCCCACGGAUUUUGCAUCGAAUAAGUUAAUACAAGGAGCCGGACCGAUUUGCUUAUUCGUUCUCGAUUGUUUGGCCACGCAAGCUAUGAAAAUUUCAAAGGUCACAUUAUCUCGUCCACAAAUCAAACCAGAAGAAGAACAACAAGUUGAAUAUAUGGAAAAUGAUGCUGAAAUAAUUCUGGAAAAGGUGGAGGAGGAACAAAACGCAAUGCUCAGUGACGACAGUGAGGAUGAACAUAAUUCCUUAUUGGAUUUAAAUGUUCUGCCAGGACGAUCUAAUAACAAAACAUCAUCUUUCCCCAAGGCACAUGAAUUCCAAGCAGAUAAUUUCAAUGAAGUUGAGAAUUGGAGACUGGAACUUGAAAGAGUCCUUCCGCAGUUGAAAGUUGUUGUACGUGCUGAUCCCCGAGAUUGGAGAGCUCAUGUGAAGCAAAUGGUGGCCUAUAAAUCAGAGAUCGAAGUGUCCACAGAAGACACACAGAAUCAGCUGAGGAAAUUGCAAAGCGACAUAACAUUCGCAAUGGAAAAGAUUGAGAGUCGCGAGAAGCAUCUUAACAACGAUUUGCAGAAUUUGAUCAGACAAUUCAAGGAUGUUUCAAUUGAGCUGUCCAACACACAGGCGGCAAUAAAAGAUACUGAAAGGGAAAGAGAGGACAUUGAAAAGGAUCUUUCCGAUAUAAUCGGGGAGAACGAAACAGUUAAGUCCCAAAUGGAACAACGAGGGAAUACCAUGGCGGAUGGGAGUCCUGUAAUAAACAUCAAGAAAGCAAUUGCCAAGUUAAAGGAGGAGAUUGGACAUACCAACUUGGAAAUUGGAUUACUUACGCAUGCUAUAGAUCAGGAUAUCAUAAAACAGGCAUCUUUGUACGCUGAAUUGGAAACCAUGCCAACGAGUCUCGGAUAAAUAUGAUUAUGGGAUCCAUAUUUAAGGACCAUUAUAAAGACCAAUUUGUUUCUUGAUGAGUUUGAUGAAAAAUGAUAGCAAUAAAGAAAGAUAAUUAAAUACUUUGUCACCGAUCAAACUUUUAUGAAAUCCAAAAUGUUUACGAGUGUUUGUGUCUCUGAUGUCAGUUACAUAAAUUUUAAAAUUUCAUCGUAAAUAGUCGCGGCUAAUAUGCAUCUAUUAAACCCAGGUAUUGUUAACCAUCCAAUCUUUACGAUCUUCCGUUUCGUUAAUAUUUCUCUGGUCGUAAACAUAUUGCUAAAAAGCAAUUUCGGUUUCAAAGGAAUGCCGGCCGUUUUGGUCGGCCUUGGGACCGUUUGGAUUCACCACAAACAUUUGCAUACACAAGAUCAAAUGCAAAAUAAGAAGAGGGACCGCUGUUUCUUCAGAAAAUUACACCAAAUGUGAUUAAGAAUUUAUGGACCCCGUCUAGGAGAUGGUCGUGUUAAAUUGUUCUUUAGAAAAAUGCGAAAACGGUAGCAAAUGGUUGAGCGGCAGCCAACUUGCAGGAAGACCACUAAUCACAAGCCGGGACGGGAAGGAGCAUUGUUUUCCAAUGAAUGGAACUUUUUCGCUUUUGUUUUCAUUGCCUGGGUUUUGUCAAAAUAAAUAACGAUUCUUUCUUCUUGAGGAUGC